AUGGGAGUACUGGGACUAAAAAGCUUCAUCGAGAACAACAGUGAUUUCCUGAAGCCGCUUUGGUUUAGAGACAGCAAGGUCAUCAUCGAUGGAUCAAACCUCUGCCACGCCCUGUACCAUGAUAAUUGGCUGGACCAAAUACACGGUGGAGAUUAUGAUGCGUUCAUGGACGUCAUCACACAGUUUUUUAAAAACCUUGACCAGUGUAAUAUAAAGCCUUACGUCGUGUUUGAUGGAGGGAAUGACAGCAGUGAUAAAAAAUUAGAAACCUUGAUUAAAAGAUCCCAAGACAGAAUUAAAAAAGCCAACGUUGUGUCGAGAGGCCAGGCAGGAACAGUGCUAAUUCUCAUCGGAAAGGUGUUUCAGCAAACCCUGCAGAAGCUCGGUGUUCCCUCCAUCCAGUGUCUUGCAGAGGCGGAUUGGGAACUGGCUGCUUUGGCCAACGAGUGGAACUGUCCUGUUCUGUCCAACGACAGUGAUUUUUACAUAUUUAACAUCAGAGGUGGUGUUCUGCCCAUCAAUCACUUCCAGUGGAAGAACAUAACAAACUCUACACAAAGUUACAUCCCUGCCAGGUGGUUUUGUUGUUCAAAUCUCCGUUCUGUUUAUAAGAACAUGAACGAGUCUCUGCUUCCACUUGUUGCCACCAUCUUGGGCAACGACUACUCUAAACUAGAGAGUGGUUUGUUUCCAAAUUGGGCCAAGUUCUCAACCAAAUUUGGAGGAGCCGGCAAUAUUGAUGGGUUGCUCAUAUGGCUGUCUCGUUUCUCCAACCCAGAAGAAGCCAUCAAUGCCCUUCUGAGCCAAAAAGAUAAAAUAAAAUCAGCCAGAAUUCGUACAGAGCUUUAUCAGGGAAUGCAGGAGUACCGACUCGAUUCCAGCUCCAUAGAGCAGUUCUUUAUAAGUGGAGAACCUCAGAGCAGACCUCCAGGUCCCUUACAGAGCUUACCAGACUGGAUGCUGAAACCUUUUGCAGAAGGAGAAUUAAGCUCCCCGAUCAUCAACGUCCUGAUACUGAAGCGCAUCAGGCUGAAACACCAGGUGGAGAAUUAUGAUCUGGACAGCAGUAAUAAAGUGUCUCUGCUCCCACGCCGUGUGAUGUAUGGUGUACUGCUUUGUGCGAGGAGGCAGGAUGGUAGUGAAUCCAGCAUGUCUGCUGCAGAGACGGUGGAGGAACACGACCGACAAAAACUGAAGCUGACCAGGACCCAGGUUCCUGCUGAGCUACCGAGGUGUGCAGUUUCACACCUUUACCUGGACACACUGUGGGAGGCGCCACAUGGUUUGCGUCUGCAGGUUCUUUGGGAGGCUUUGCGUGUUUCUUCGAUCCCGGAUUCUUAUUGCAUCCCUGAGAAUCUGCAGCUCGCCGUGUACACCACGACCUUCUGGCUAAACCACGCACAACCCGAGCCUAGAGCAGAAAUCUUCUGGGCUUUACUGAUCGGCCUGGUGUACGGAGAACUGCGUAGAGAGCGUCGUGCUGAUGAUGGCGCAGUGAUUCGGAGACUUGAAAACCUUAGAGCCCCAAAGGUCUGGAGGGGUGCGAGGAUUGUAGAUCUGGAGUUAGCUCACGCCUACAGUCAGUGGCGGUGCUGUCUGAAGGACGGCUACAACCUAAACCAGCUACUGAAUAAUCCAGUACCUGAACCAGAAUUAUCAAGGUUGUACUGUGGUCCACUGGUGCACGCCGUGGCUCAUGAGCUGAUGAGGGGUGUUGAACCCGAAUCUCUUCUCACCAAAACCCCUCAUGCUGUGGAGCUUUACCAAAAACUCCAGGCAGCAUCGGAGCAUGAGCUGGACCGUGACCUGGCCACCAGGAUUAGGACCAGGACGGGUGUCAGGCCUCCAACAUCUCAGGAGGACGACCUGAGCGAACUAAUAAAGCACCUGAUGGAUGAAGAUAAGGAGGAGAACGACGGAGACCAAACCUUUGAGGACAGGGUCAGAGUUCGGAGCCGGCAUCGUAGCCGAGGCCAAACACACGAUCCACGAUCCAAAAAACAGGAACGUGCGAGGUGGCAGUGAAAAGGUUUUAGAUUUGAAUUGUUUAUCAUAAUAACAUGAUUAAUUACUUUUAUACAUCUGGAACAUAAUCAGUGGUCAAAAAUCUGUGUUUAACAUGAAC